CCGCCCAUUGGUCCGUCUCACCGCUGCCGCCAUCAUUUAACAUCCGACUAACUUGAAACAACUUGUACUGUACUUUCGCUCUUGUUAUUUGCGAAUGUCAUCAUUUCGUGAAGGCUUGUUCUUUAUCCAGAAACGCUGUCACCGAGAUUUUAUGAUUUUGACUUUUGGAUUAAUUUUUAAAACUUAAUUCAUUUGUUUAGAGAGCGGGAUAAGAGAGGCGCGGUAGGUUUUAAAAGUUGGUGUUGCGUUUUUAAACCAUGUCGUGUGAAGGAAACGGCAUGUCAGAUGAACGGAUUGGAGAAGCCUUGAUCAAAGAGGUCAUAGAGGAGGAGCUGAAGGACGUAUCCUCAGAGGAAGUCCCGCCCCUCACCCCGCUGGCUGUAGAUGUAAAGACCGAGCAAGAGAAGAAAAUGGUGACCCAGCUGGCCAAGAUGAUCCGUAUCGUUGGUGACAAAGUCCAAGGUGACAAAGAGUUCCAAGAUUGCAUUGAUGGCGUGGCUCGUGCCCCCGGAUGCAGAUGGGAGAGGUUCAAACAAGUGGCUGACAAAGUGUUCGAACAAGGGAUUAGCUGGGAGAACAUCGCAGUGCUUUUCUACGUUGCAGGAAGGCUGGCUGUCAGGAUGGUGGAGGCUCACCUUCCACAGACUGUGAGAGAGAUCCUCACCUGGACUGUGGAAUUCUUCAGAAACAACUUAUUGGGCUGGAUCCGGGAACAUGGAGGCUGGAUUAACAGUUUCUCCGAUUUGGCCGUGGCCCAUGUGCGAAGUGUGUCAUCAAUGACCUUCCAAAGCUAUGGCCUCAUCAUCAUCUUCAUAGCAGGUCUUACACUGGGGAGUGUCAUCACCUGGAGGCUGACCAGACAGCACUGAGGGAAACUCACAAACACACCUCCAGUUACCUCCUCAUCUGGUACCAAAGAGAAGGGUGCUGACAACCAGAAGAACUCACCAAGCACAUAUAGAAGAGGUGCCAGAUUCAACUCUUAAGUUGAACAUCUCUGGCAUUGUUUCCCCCAAAGCAGUUUUACAAUAGGGCUGUAACUGAUGAUUAUUUCAAUAGUCAGCUAGUCAUAUUAUGAACUGCACAAAAAAAUUUAGCUCUUAUUUAAAUAAAUUUUCUUUCCAUUAACAAGGACAUUUGGUGCACUACAAUUAGAAUGUAUAACAAAGUUUGCUAAACAAACAACUAAAUACUCAAGAGUUAGAAUCAGCAAUAAAAUAAACAUUUUUCCUUAAACAAAAGUGCAUGAUGUUACGAAAGACUUGACGAUUAAAUUAGUCUUCGACUAAUUUUGCCGUUGACUAUUUGUCAACUAGUCAUGAGACUUACUCACCAAAGACUCAGUCAUUCAACUAGUGAGGUUUGAUACCAGCUCUAUGUAAAUGACUUUUCCUUGACACAUCUUUUACCAGUGUGACAAGACCAAAUCAGCCACUUUGUGCCUUCAUUGUAGAGUUUGUCAAUGUUGUCUGUAAAAUUGGAAAGUGAGUCUUUUUUAUGCAUUAUCAUACAUUUUUAUACUCAUGAAUCAUGUUAAACACAUGCUAUAUAUGACAGUUUUACCCAGAAUAACCAUGAGACAUAAAAUCCCUAACUAGCAAUGUCCAGUGUAUGCCUUUUGUUUGUGAGCAGUAAAUGGUCAGCACCACCACCACCCAUUUAGUAGCUAUGUUAGAAUGCUGUUAUUAGUUGCUUUUCCAUUGACCCUCAAAUUGUGCCACUAUAACUUGUGUAUAAAAAUUUACCUAAUGGAAAAACGACAAUUUCCCCAUAACUCUCGAUUUUUGAUUA